AUGGAAACCAUUGAAAUGAAAAAGAAGUUUGUUUCAAACACAGUUAUUCCAAAAAUAACACGGCAUAAUAAAGUUAUUUCUCAAGUUAUUACUCACCAAAACUCGCGUUUUUUAACAGAAGUUGCACGGCCCAAAAAAGUCAAUUACUUAGCAAAUGAAAGAAUAAAAUACGAAGCUGCUUUUAAUAAAACUUUUGAAAAACGGAAGUUGGUGUUUAUUAAAACACGUUUAAAGAAAAUCGAUCUUCAGUCUGCAACAACGACACACAAAGACAUUUCUCUUCAUCUAACAAUAAAAGGAAAUCGAUCUCUUUCUAAUUCCCAAAUCCAACCUUCGACAACUCAAAGACAAAAAGAGCGUAUUUGCCAGAAGAGUGUUGUGACUCCACUAAACAACAAGUCUAAGACGCAAAAUCGCCCAAUUAUCGAAAAGACAAAAACUUUGGAAAAAAGUCAGAAACUAAAAAUUCCCAGAAACCCCCAAUUUGAAAAAAUCAAGGAAAAAAAAGAAUUUUCCUUAAAUUCGAAAAUUUUUCGAACUCGACCAGACUUUGAUAAACCAAAAGACGCCGACGAAACAGAAGACGAAAUCACUGAGACUACAGAAGACACCAUUGAUGAAGUUCCUCGUUAUCAAGCGAUCUCACCUUCAAACCAAACAUCACUAGAUUAUAUCAUUAAACUCGUUUCGUUCUUUCAUCCAGUCGUCCGCCCGAAAUGGUGCCUUUACACUUCACAACGAAUUCUGGAGGAACUUCUUGUCUUUGGCGACGACGUCACGGUGUGGCGGGGAGGGAUAUUAACUGUUAUUGGACUUUAUAAUACACAGAAAAUAGUAGACGUACUCAUGCAGAGUAUUGCAGUUUCUUAUGAAAUCAAGAGGAACGCACUUCUCAUGAGGAAGAUAAAAACGUUCUUAGAGGAAAUACGUUGCGGGAGUCUGAAAGGAAAAAAGACGUUUGAAACCCUCAACAAAGAGAAAGUGCACUUUUGGGGAGUUACACAAGACAUCACACUCUGCAGAUAUAUUUAUGAGGUCGGCGUGGGAAUGUUUUAUUUGUAUAUUCAAAACAGUAUGUUAGAUGUUGCCCUUCAAACCUUUGCGUUUUGUUAUUCGUAUGAGGAAAAAGAAAAGUUUUUAAGAAUGAGAAUGAAUUUAUAUUUGAAUAAAUUGGAUUGA